GUUGCUAUCAAGAUUAUACCGUUUACAAGUACGACAAAACUGAGCAUAUUAAAGAAUGAGGUUUCACUAAUGAAGAUGAACAAGCAUGCCAAUAUAGUUGAAUGUCUUGCGUGUUAUUCUACAAAGGAGGCAGUAUGGGUUGUUAUGGAAUGCAUGGACGUGUCGCUAGCAGAUCUUAUCCUAAUGCAUUCAGAUGGGCCACGAUUUACAGAGUCCCAAAUAUCGACUGUAGCUCAUUCAAUAUUACAAGCUCUCGUUCAUUUACAUAAAGGACAUUGUAUUCAUCGUGACGUUAGGAGUGAUAAUAUAUUGCUGGAUGCAGAUGGAAAUAUAAAACUCGCCGAUUUUGGUCAUGCCAUAAAGCUUGCUGACGCAAAUGACCGACGAAACUCUGUUGUUGGAACAACGUCUUGGAUGGCGCCGGAAGUUAUAAGAGCAUCCCAAUAUGACACAAAAGUUGACAUAUGGAGUCUGGGCGUUGUAUUGGUUGAAAUGGCCGAAGGUAAUCCACCAUAUUCUGAACAUCCACCAUUAAAGGCAUUGGCACUUAUCGCCAAAUACGGUAUACCGCCGCUAAAUAAUCCAGAAAAAUGGACAGCGAAAUUUAAAGACUUUAUAGCACUAUGUACGGAAAUGGAUAGUAAUGAACGGAAAACAGGACAGGAACUUUUGACACAUGCUUUUCUUGAGGAAUUAGCAGAUAAUAAGGAAGACGAAGAUGAUGCAGACUAUUAUGUCAAGAGUUUGACGGGUUAUUUAAGUGAAUCUUAA